AUGGCAUUGAUUGACGUGAAAAGUGAAGAGACUUCUGUAAGACGACACAUCAACGAAUCCCCAGAAAGGCGUGUAAAGAGACGAAGAAGAGAUCUUACGUUGGAUUGCAAAACUCAACAGUUGCAGCCAAGUCAACAAACGGAUCAAGCUUCGCCAACCACUGUGAAAAGAAGUUCCAAGUAUCGUGGAGUAAGCAAACAUAGAUGGACAGGCAGAUACGAAGCACAUUUGUGGGAUAAACUUUCUUGGAACGUAACACAGAAGAAGAAAGGAAAACAAGUUUAUCUUGGGGCUUACGAUGAAGAAGAAUCAGCAGCCCGAGCGUAUGAUCUAGCUGCACUUAAGUACUGGGGAUCAUCAACUUUCACAAAUUUUCCGGUCUUCGAUUAUGAGAAAGAAAUUGAAAUAAUGCAGACUGUAACCAAGGAAGAAUAUCUGGCCUCUCUAAGGAGAAAGAGCAGUGGAUUUUCAAGAGGAGUGUCGAAGUAUAGAGGAGUUGCAAGGCAUCAUCACAAUGGAAGAUGGGAAGCCCGAAUCGGGAGAGUUUUCGGGAACAAGUAUCUCUACCUCGGCACUUAUGGCACCCAAGAAGAGGCAGCUCGUGCUUAUGAUAUUGCAGCGAUCGAGUACAGAGGCGUGAACGCUGUUACCAACUUUGAUUUGAGUACUUACAUCAGAUGGUUGAAGCCAGGAACGCAAACUCCAGCUGCCUGUCAAGAGCCACAAACACAAAGAGAAUUGAAGUUUAAGCCUUUUAAUAACUUUGGAUUGAUCGAGGAACCAGAGCCAUCAUUCCUCCACUAUAGUAAGAAUUCCAUAGUUGAUGAAAUGAGCUUACCCCAGAAAGAAGAAGUGUCUGAAACCAAAAGUCCUCUUAGUCCAAGCACAAAAUCAUCUCCAACAGCACUUGGGCUACUACUUCGGUCAUCCAUCUUUAGAGAUCUCGUUCAGAAAAACCUUAAUGGUGGUGACAAAGAAGAUGAUGCAGAAGACAUGAAGAUACAACCACAGAUAGUCAAUGAUGAAGAGUACACCGACAUAUAUUACGAGGCUGAUGAUAAUAUCCUCCCGUUUAUGAUCUCCCAAAACGCAAAUGCUAUCAAGUUGCAAGGAGACUUCAACACCAACUAUAAUUUUCAAGAAAGUCCACUUGGGUCAACGUUAUAGGCUCGGUGCAUCUAUUUGCAGAACCAAGGGGUUGCUUUGACAACUUUUCAAGCUUUUUUUUACCAGGAUCAGGAUAAAUGAGGGGUUUUUAGUUACCUUUCACAUGUAACUCCGUAAAUAAAUUUCCUAAAAUUCGAAGAAUUCUUACCAGUUACUUGCAGGAAGAAUAUACUGUAACUUCAUCCCAUGUUAUAUAGAUCACAUGAAAUCUUGUUUCUGUUGAUCAUGUAUAAUUCAACCGCCUGAAACCAGUUUCUAGCAUCUCUCUCUUUUUGGGAGAUUUCUUUCUAGAAUAAUAAAAUACCGCAGCAUUCUGAUUGGUUGCAUACAUAACUUGUGCCGAGUGUCAACAAUAUAAGCAUAACAAGCAGACACAAGUUCUACAGACAAACUUGUACCCACCAAGCAAAAAAAAUUGUACUUAUGGGUUUAAUUUUGGCUACAACUCAGAGUUAAUGAGGAUAUCUAAUGUUCUUGAUUUUAAAUAAAUGAGCAGAAAGGAAAGCUGGAAGUACGCCUAAACAUCGUGCUAUCAAAUAAGCAUAUGAUUGAAAUCUGUGUUUCCUAGCACUUGACCCAACUCAUAAGCAGAACGUAAGGGCAACGAUUCGAUAGGUCUCAAUAAGUCUAUCCGAUCUCCUGAGUCCAUUGCUAAGGACAGGCUUUUGUUUCUUGAGAAGAUAUUCAUGCAAGGACUGCAAAGCCGACACUGGUGCAUGAAGGGCCCCAGGUUUGCGAAGGUUGGAAGGGGAAGUAAGGCUAGCUGAUAAGUUAGCCAUGAUAGUUGUUAGCUGAUAAGACAGUUGUUAGUUCAUAAGCUAGCCGAUAAAUUAGUCAUGUUUGAAAAAAACUAGUUGAUAAGCUAGAUGAUAAUAAAAUGACCCAAAAUGACAUGCCUGCAGAAUAACUGUUUGGAAAUAUAUUAUGUGCAUAAUUGAAAGAAAAGUGGAACAAAGCUCCCGGAACUUAUUGAAACACAACAAGUUUAUGUCUUAUAGGUUUUUUCAAUAAGCUCAAAAGAUAAGCUAGCUUAUGGUUGCCAGCAUGGCCUGAGGGUCUACUUGUCUGCAGCUUAAUGACUUUAAUGGGACUCACAACUUACACGGUCAGCCAUACAUGAAUGAUUGGUAGUGACUUAAUGAUAUCGA